GCGAUCUGCCAGCUUCAGCUCACUUGUACAGAGUUCAUUGUUACUGUAUAUGAAAAAGCCGUUCGUUUGUAUCCGACAGAGACUGGAGAGCUACGGUGGUCUGCCUUUCUGUAGCAGGCUAAAUGAAUCGUAGAGGUAAGCAGCUGCUUUUCAAACUGCUGCUGACGUUUCUGGUGUUUGUAGGCCAGGCAGCGGUUAGUCGACUAAGUGGCUCAAUGGCCCUGUUGGGGAGUUCUUUUCACAUCUUAGCUGAUGCCAUGGCUAUGGCAACAAGUGUGCUGAAUUCCCUGGUAGCUUCAAUGAGACAUUCUUCUGUCAGAAACCGGAAUACCUUUGGAUGGGCCCGGGCAGAGGUGAUGGGGAAGCUGGUGAAUGCUGUGUUCAUUACAACUCUGUGUUUCAUAAUUACUUUGGAAGCCUUAAACCGAUUCAUGAAGCCGAGCCCACUUGGACGACCCUUGGCUCUGCUGUUGGCAGGAAGUAUGGGUCUUAUAAUGACCCUGAUUUGCCUACUGAUGUACUGGAGUGAUUCACAAAGUUCCAAGAUAGAAAGAUCGCUAAGAAGUGCUAGACGGGACACAGCAACGAUGGACAAGCAGGACAGGGAACAUGGGCUACAAGACUCCUUGAUCAGUCAUGCACAAGCCUCUGAUGAACAACCCACCAAGCAAGCCUGCCCUGGAGACACUGCCCCCCAAGUAAAGACAAAACCAGCUGUUGUCAAGCCAAGAGGUAUUUCUCCGUGGGUGAGGAAUGUUCUGGGGUCCUUAAGUGUGGUCUUCACUUCUCUACUGUUCAAUGCAUUUUGUGGAGAAGAAAGCAUCUGUUACAAAAAUUGUGUGUCUACAGCAGAACACUGCCACUUGGUCUAUAAGCACCCUGUCACAGCUGAGGUGACUAAACCGAGGUCAGGGGUCUGUUGGCCUCUGUAUGUUGACCCUACGUUAUGUCUCAUCAACGUAUUUAUCUUGAUUCAUUCUAUAUUUCCUGCUAUGCAUGAAGCCACACUUAUCCUUCUACAGACAGUGCCCAGGCACGUGGACCUUACCAAGCUUGAAACUGAUUUGUACAGCAUUUCAGGGGUCUUAGGCAUUCAUGAACUACAUGUCUGGCAGUUGGUGGGAAACCGCUCUGUGGCUACUCUGCACGUCAAGUGUAUUUGCUCCGAAACGUAUCUGGACAUGAUAAGAAAAAUAAGAGCCUGCUUUCAAUCUGUGGGCAUUCAUGCUGUCACUGUGCAACCUGAAUUUGUGUCCCAGGAAAUUCAAUUAUUUAAUGUGGACUCCAACAGCAAUGAAAGUCUGUCAUGCGAAUUACCAUGCUCAAAGCAGUGCACAAGCAAACAAUGCUGCACAGGACCAAAACUGUCACAAAUUACGUCAAAAUGUGACACUUCAGGAUUAGAUCAGUGUGACUUGCUGACAUCAGAGGCCACAUGCAGCUCAAGGGCUUUUCUGGAUGCUGACUUUAUUUUAGGUCUCCGGGAGACCACAUUGUAGCCGUAGGUGUCUAAAUGGUGAUCAAAAUGUUAUGCAAGCAACACAGAAAUACAGUUAAUUCUGAGUGUAUUUGGAUUUACUUUAAAUUGACACCUUUGACAUUUUAGGCCAUCUAAUCUACACUCAAUAACCCGUAAUGACAAAGUGAACACAUGGUUUCAGAAAGGUGUUCCAAUUUAUUAAAAAUCAAAAACGGAAGUCUCUCAUUUAUGUAAUUAUUCAGACCCAUUCUGUACUUUGUAGAAGCCCCUUUGGCACUUACUCCUUUGAAUGUUCUUGGGAAAGUCCCUACAAGCGUUGCACCCUGGAUUUGGGCAGAUCCUCUCAAGCUUCAUUAAAUUGGAUGAGAAGCGUCUGUAAAAUGCCAUCUCCAGUUUUAUCCACUGUGACCACAAGGGGACACCAAUGAGCCCCAGAACCUCAAACACAAUUGUACUCCACACAGUCCCAGGUUCAAAUAAAAUACUUUAUUAUAAAUAACCUACCAAAUGAGCAGUAGUGACCAAGCACAAGUGUCCCUCUUUUCUCUCCUGCUGCUCCUCCUUUGAGUGUUGACCACUGCCUCCUGACUCUGACUCCCUGAUAUGAGGCAGUGGGCUCCUUUUCAAGCCGAACCCAGGAAUGCUUCUGGUGCCACAGUGUGUCUUCUUGGAAGUACUUCUGGGUUACAUGGAAAGCAGGGAGGUCCUCCACUGACAGCCCCCUGUACCGGCACCCAGGAGUUGUGGAGACAGGGUUGUGCUUCCGGACUCCAACUCCCAAGCAACCCUGUGGGUGUCCGAACUUGGACACUUCCAGAGGAUCACUGCCACCUGCUUGUAUGGGAGAUGGAACUGUUCCCAGCCCCUGACUCCUGCGGGUACAUCCAUUGUAUUAUUCCAGCUGGACAUAAAGUUGCUUCUUCAUCCAGCUGGCCAACCUGUUUGGCCUUCCAUUUGGGUAAGAAACUAUUCUCCUUCAUGGCUGGGAUGCCUGCUCUCCCUCUACAUCUACACUACACAUAUUUUAUGUGUACAAAUAAAGUCUGGACUUUGGCUGGGCCACUCAAAGAUAAUCACUUGGCCCAACACUACUUCAGCACUGUCUUAGACGUAUGCUUUUGUGCUGAAAGGUGAACUGUUGCCCCUGUCUGAAGUCUUCUGGUUUUCUUCAAGGACCUCUCUUUAUUUGGCUACAUUCAUCCUUCCCUCAGUUCUGCUCAGUUUUCCUUUCCCUGCUGCUAAAAAGCACCCUCCAGCAUGAUGAAUAUGAUGCCACCACCAUACUUCACUGUAGAGAUGGCAUUAGGCAUAGGAAGAGCAGAGCCUGGUCUUCACCAGACAUAGCGUUUGGAGUUCUUCCCAAAAAGGUCGAUUUUUGUCUCAUCAGAGCAGAUAAUUGUUUUCCUCAUGCUCUUAGAUUCCUUUAAAUGAAAUUUGGGAAACUCCACUCAAGCGUGGAAAUACCUGAUUGAUGGAGUACUGCAGAGAUGACGGUCUUUCUGACAGUUUCUCAAUUCUCAGCGGAGGACUUCUGAAGCUCUGUUAGAGUGAUCUUUGGGUUCUUGGUCACGUCCCUGACCAAAGCCCUUCUUGCCCGGUUGCUUAGUUUGGCUGGACGGACAACUCUAGGAAGAGCUCUGGUGGUUCCAAAGUCUUUCAUUUCACAAUUAUUGAGGCCACUGCACUCCUGGGAGCACUCAAAGCUCUAGACAUGAUUUUAUACCCUUGCCCUGAUCUAUGUCUCACCAUAAUUUGAUUGCAGAGGUCUACAGAGAGCUCCUUGGUUUAGUUUUUCUCCUAACAUGCAAUGUGAGUCAUGGGACCUUAUAUAUACACCGGUGAGCGCCUUUUCUAAACGAUAUCCAAUCAAUUCACUUUGCCACACGUGAACUCCAAUCAAGUUCUAGAAACAUCCAUCCAUCCUCUUCCGCUUAUCCGGGGUCGGGUUGCAGGGGUAGCAGCUUAAGCAGAGAGGCCCAGACUUCCCUCUCAAGAAACUUCUCUCAAGGAUAAUUAAGGCAAAUAAGAUACACCUGUCCACAAUUUGGAGUGCCACAGCAAAUGGUCUGAAUACUUAUAAGAGUGUGUUAUUUCAGGUUUUGAUUGUUAAUAAAUUUGCAACCUUUCUGAAAACACAUUUUCACUUUAUCAUUAUGGGUUACUCAGGUUAGGUUGAUGGGCACAAAUAGCGAAUGUAUCAAUUUAAAAUGAAAUCUACAAAACAACAAAGUGCGCAGGUAGUGAAGGGAUACUUUCUGAAACCAUGGCCUGUACCGAUGGCUCAGAUUUAGUGCAUUUCUAUUGGAUACACAAAGAUGUUCAAGUAAAGACCAACACGGGACAAGAUAUUAUUGAAUGUAGGAGCUUCGAUGGAGGUGCAGUGAUGAGAACACACAUGUAAUUCCAUUAAAAAUAAUGAUGAGGUUCUCAUGAGGAUUAGGUCCUAUUUUGCUCAGAUUAACUCAGGAAUAGGAAUAAUUUAAAGAGACAUUGGUAACCCCUGAGUCAAGUAAGCAGGCUGAUCAGAGACGACAUGAAGAAAAAUGCUGGAUGGUUGCUGUUAACAAGAGGGGAAUUCAUGAGGCAGGUUUGGCAGGAGCUUCGGCAACAAAGAAAGUGCAACUUCCCGAUGUUUAUGAGAUUUCAGAAUAGAACUGAGAAGGAAAAAUAUUAUUAGUAAAGGGAAGUGAAGGCAGAAGCACAAACUCCUGGAUGAUGACGACGUUCAUGCUGGAGUUUGGCAGACAGGCAACUCUGAAUUCGUAAACUGCAUUAAUCAAAAAAUGACUAAUCUGGUCACUUCACUGGCCAUGCUUCUCUUUUUAUCUUAACAACAAAGUGGAUUCUUGUUGCCUAAGAUUUUGAGAGAAAAAUUAGACAUGUUUAUGAAAGAUUGGCUGUUUUUGAGGUAAACAUAGGGCUAGUUUUAUUCCCAAAUCAGUUGCUCUGGUAAAAUAAAAGUAACCCACAACCUGGAAGGUCUUUUAAUGUAUUGAAAAAUAAAAACAAUAUUUUAGCAAAAAAUGUAUGCAUUUUGCACAUUUUCAGUAUAUGACUGGAUGACUUAGAUUAUACAGUAUAUAUCAGGCACGUUUUGUUAUUGUUUGCUGUUGUUUGCCGUUGCUUUACACCUGCUUCUACUAAAGCACAUUGUUAGCUCAUUAAAAUAUGAGAUUAAAUUUCUUUCUCUGCCAUCAGUACAAACUACAUUGGGAAAAUAACAUUUUAAAAGAAUAUCAUUUUUGGGUGGAGUCUUCCUUGAAGUUAUCAUAUUUAUACUCCUCAACACACAGCUCAUCAAGCAACCUGUCUGUGAAUAAAGUUUCAAUGUUGGUUUAUAAUUGUUUCCCAUAAAUAAAGGAUGAGAGUAAGAUGAGUAGAUACCAAUAUGACAAAAUGCAUAAUAUAAUAAUGGUACAUUUAUGACAUGAUUUAAUCAGUUUAUGUACAUGUGGCUAUUUUAAAAAGCACUAAAAGUUCAUUCUAUUAUAAAAUGGAGACACUUGUAUAGUUAGCAGUAGACCUUCAUGGAUUUUCAACUUUCAGAGAUGUCAUUGUUGUGCUGUGUAAUGAGCACACAUUGUUCUGAUGCCUGUUGGCUUCUUGUUAUCAACUGGCUGCGUUUAUAGAUACGAUAAAUGAAUCCACAAAAGUGUACCAAAACCACCUUCAGCCUUUUGGAAGGAUAGAAAUUAAACAUCGGAUUCAGCGGGUUGGAAAAUGGAUGGAUAGAAAUUAAACACGAGUUGACAUUUCUAACAUUUCUAAGUUCGGUAUUUUUCAAGGGAAAAGUUAUUUCUGCACAAAUAUGUAUGCAUUUGACACAUGAAAUUGUGUUCUAAUGUUAAGCACUUUCUAGAAAUUAAAACAAAUAUCUUGCAUGUUCUGGCACUUUACAUUGUAGUUUAUAGGACACGGAGGAAAAAGCUUCAAAACGUAUCAAUUACAUCCAUUUUUGAAACCAUGAAAGUUGUCAAGUAUUGAUCCACAUCUUGCGAUUACACACACAUUGUAAAAUAGCUUAAACAUGUCAUUUUUAACAAAAAACAAUAUUAACAGAUUCAGCUAUUUGAAAAGAAGACCAGCUGUACAUGACAGCUCAGCACUUAACCUUUCAGCCCCCCGACAGACCAAAUCACAGUUCGCUUUUCAUGCCACGUGGAUGGUUUUGUAUGAAUUUACUGUACUUAUAAAUUAAUGGGAGAAUUUGCACAAGCGAACAGACAACAUAUUCUUACCACGAGAAAAAUAAUACCAGGACUAUGCGAUAAAAUGAGUAUUUCCAGAUGUUUUUUGUUGUCACAAACAUGCAUCGGAAACAAAAAUGGCUUAAAUCAACAGCUGUCUUGGACGUAUUCAGAAAGUUGUUAAGCUUUUCCUUCUUUCCUCAUACCCACCAUCGUAAAGCACCAAAGUGGGUAAAAUAUUUUUUGACAGUUAUACAAAGAACUUAAUUUCAGGACGGCGAAUGCAUAUACUGUACAGCAUGUUUGACUUGAAAGAUAUCGAACUUAUCCUUUAAUGUAAAGGCCAUGUUUGUUUUCCAAUUUCAUUGUUUCGUAUUUGUAGACCAACUGGAUAUGCGUGAGAACAAGUGGCGUAACCUUUCGAUCACCCUGUCUAUUCAGUCAGGCUUUUGUUUUUUCUAUUGUUAUUUGUAUUUCACUGUAGUUUAAAAUGUUUCUUGUAUUUGUUGGGGGAGGUGGUGGUGGGGGGGUCUCCAACAGCUAAAACCAAAUUCUGUAAAAUAUGCCACUAGAGUGCCUAACACUGGAUAGUCGACCUUUUAUGGAAAGUUCUCAAACAUUCAGCAUGAAAGUAAAACUCUUUGUAAACUAAUACUGUAAUAGCAUAAAACCAAAAUAUAUACUGUAUAUAUAAUACACUUGAA